UAGUACCUCUAUAUUUCGGGGUAGGUAGUACCUCUAGCGAGCGAAACGACAAAAUUAUUGUAUAAUUAAACCUUGGUUUUCCUUAUCCGGACCCAAAAAUGGUAUACAAUCCAGUAGAGAGAAUAUAGUUAUGAACAUACAUAUACGCCCCUUCUGAAUGUUAUCGUAGGAUCAAACUCUCUUUCGGACAGGUGUUGAUACGAAAGAGUGAGAAAGAUUUUCCUCAACCAGUUUUUGUUGCUCAGUAAUAGGCUUAUUAUGACAAGCUCAAUUCCUACCAUCGAGCCGGAACUGGUUCUAGCCCAUAAAUUUCCAGAGUCCUUUUUCGAUUAUACAGAAAGGGACGUGGCACUCUACGCACUUGGUGUUGGAGCAUGUGGAGCUAAUGCUGUGGAUGAAGAAGAAUUGAAAUAUGUAUACCAUCAAUAUGGGCAGUCUUACAUUCAGGUUCUGCCAACUUUUGCAGUUCUGUUUCCAUUUGGGUUGACAUUCAACUUGAUGGAGGUUCCUGGCCUCUACUUUGAGCCAAGUCUUUUGUUGCAUGGCCAACAGUACUUAGAGGUUUAUAAGCCAUUUCCAACUAAUUGCCAUAUCCAAAAUAGAGCACACAUUGCAGGACUGCAUGAUAAAGGUAAAGCAACCAUCCUGGAAAUAGAAAGUACGAGCAUUAACAAAGAAACAGGAGAAGUGCUUUGCAGGAACAGGAAUACAGUUUAUCUCCGUGGAACAGGUGGUUUCUCAAAGACUUCAGAUCUAUAUUCAUACUCAUCUCCAAGUUUGAUGCCCAAAGUCACUCCUGUGGUGAUUCCAAAGGGUACUCCUUUUGCUGUCUAUGAAGACAAGACACAGCAAUCCCAAGCUUUACUAUAUCGACUAUCAGGAGACUACAACCCUUUGCAUUCUGAUCCCAUGGUUGCAAAUAUUGCAGGGUUUUCUCGUCCAAUACUACAUGGAUUAUGCACACUUGGAUAUGCAGUGAGGGCCAUCAUUAAAUGUUGCUGCAACGGGAAGCCAGCCCUAGUGAAAAGUGUUUUAGGUCGAUUUAUAUUACAUGUCUACCCUGGGGAAACACUAAUCACAGAGAUGUGGAAAACCGAUUCAAGGAUAAUAUACCAAACUAGAGUAAAGGAAAGACAAAAAGUUGUCUUGUCAGGUGCUGUGGUGGUUAAUCAUCUUUCCUCUUCUUUGUGAACUAAUUCAUGAUGUUUAACUUCAUUUUUUCUCCUAUAUAUCUGAUUUAGUGCCUGUUGGGAGGCAAUGAUAAUUUCAUAUCAGAAAUGCUCUGAUUUUUUUUUAUUACUGCAUGAAAAUAAAGUUGUAUGUAAUUGGGUCAUCGAACAGAAAUUUAUUAGUAUUCAACUGAAAAUAAGGACUGGACACGAAUUUUCACA